AGACAGCUGGUGAGCGAGCCGAGCCUCCUCCUCGCACACAGGACCACACGCUCUCAGGACAACAAAAGACGUGCUGCACAUCGGUACCGACAACACACGACUCACAUCUGCGACCUGAAUUUCGUCUGUUCAGAAGAAAUUUGCGUAUUCACUGCCCCGAAUAUUUCAGUCUCAGCUCUUGCCGGCAGAAAUGGAUGAACACUUCGACGCACGAGAUAAAGUGGAGAGGAAGGACCGGGGCGGCUCGCGAGCCAACGGCGUCCCAAGCCCUGCCCACAGCGCGCACUGCAGCCUGUACCGCACGCGCACUCUCAAGGCGCUCAGCUCGGAGAAGCGAGCCAAAAAGGUUCGCUUCUACCGUAACGGAGACCGCUACUUUCCCGGCCUGGUGUGCGCCGUUUCCUCCGAGCGCUUCCGCACACUGGACGCCCUGCUGGCCGAGCUGACGCGCGCGCUUACCGACAACGUGCACCUGCCUCAGGGCGUGCGCGGCAUCUACGUCAUCGACGGCUCGAGGAAGAUCACCAGCGUCGAUCAGCUGCAGGAAGGAGAGAGUUAUGUAUGUGGCUCCACUGAAGCUUUCAAGAAGCUUGAUUAUAUGAAGAACAUCAACCCCAAUUGGUCUGUGAAUGUGAAGGCCUCUGGAUCCACUAGAUGCCUCCCCUCCCUCUCCAGCUCUAAACUGGGUCUCCAUGAAUCCAAAGAGAGCAAGGACUUCAUCAGGCCUAAGCUGGUCACAAUCGUACGCAGUGGUGUGAAGCCACGCAAAGCUGUUCGGAUUCUGCUUAACAAGAAGACAGCGCAUUCGUUUGAGCAUGUCCUGACUGAUAUCACAGAAGCCAUCAAGCUUGACUCUGGUGUUGUCAAGAAGAUUUACACUGUUGAAGGAAAGCAGGUGACAUGCCUUCAGGACUUCUUCGGUGAUGAUGACAUCUUCAUCGCAUGUGGACCGGAGAAGUUCCGCUACCGCGAUGACUUCCUGCUGGAUGAGAGCGAAUGCAGGCUGAUGAAAUCAUCCUCCUAUGGAAAGAGUCUUCUAAGUCGAGCAUCUCCCAGGACUGUGACACCCGCCAGACGCAGCAAGUCACCAUCAGUGAACGGGACUCCAUCCAGCCAGCUGUCUACACUGAACUGUAUGAAGUCACCCAGUCCGACUCCAGCCAGCCCAGGGAGCCUCAAGAAGGAGAAGGACAAGGCAGGCACCAAACGUGCAGCCUAACUCCACACACUCACUCAGAGGGGACAUAGCAAUGGGAUACCUAGCAAUGGGGAAUCUCCUGAACGCUGUCACACACUCUCAUACUCAUUUAGCCAUCAGAGCCAUGUGUGAAAGCCCAGCAGAUUUGUUCAUGGAGACAAACCUCUGCCUUUUAGUAGUUUUGUAAUGGUGAAGUAGACACACUGUCUACUGGUGGUAUUAGAGUGUACAACUUGAACCUUGAACGAGCAUGCAACUCAGUGGGAGUUGGGGUUUUACUGGCCACAAUCAUUUCACUGGUCUGAGUGUAAAUGGCUAAUUAUGUGUGUAACCACACUGAAGUGUUCCAAAUCCUGCUGCAUUAGUUAAUGAGGAGGCAGUAAUAGUGUGUCCAAGCUCAAUCAAGACCCGUCACCAACCAUGUAAUUAUGCAAUUAAGUCAUUCAUCUCUCUCUCUCUCUCUCUCUCUCUCUCUCUCUCUCACCCUUUCCCUUUGUCUGUCCUUCUUAUUCCUUCUUCAGCUUUAUCACUAAAUGCACUAAUACUAAAGAUUUUCCAUUGAUGGCCCACCCUGGCAAUAUUUGGCUUUUUCAUGUGGUGUAAGUAUAUAGUUGUGUAAAUAAAAUGGUUUGAGUUGUGUGAGAUUGAAGGAUAUAUGAAAGACCUCUGUGAUGGCUUGUACUGUAGACUCUUAAGUGACCAUUGCUGCUUUUACAGGAUGUCUGGAUCUCAGUCUUUCAUUGAGUUGAGCCUAUAUAUGUAGAAUCUGUGGCGCAGCUGCUGCUCAGUGAUAAAAACUAAGAUUGUUCUAAAACUGAGCCUGAGAUAGAGAAAUGACACUCUACACUCUCUGAGUUCACCUAAGCCUGUUUUAUAUUCACCGCACAUAUCCGCACCAGUCAGUGAUCACUGGAAGAGUGCUCGAAGCAGGAUGAUCUCAGUGCGCUUUGAUCUGAGGAGGAUUGCUUUGCACUACUUGCUGCUUGCCACCUCUCCAGAGGAAAAUUUCAAGCAGUCUGAUGAUCGGCUUCAAGCAAGGCAGAAUCUUGAUGGCUUCACAGCCAUCUGCCGUAUAAGUAGGUCACACUAUGAUAAAAAAGCGCACAUUUUGUGAAUGGGGUUAAGGCAGAUGAAAAGUGCUUCUGCAUAAAUUUAAUGUUGAGGCACUCCAGCACAGAAUGUUCCUGUUUUCUCAUUUAGGAAAAAAGCCUUGAAUGUUGUGUGACCUGUGGCAUUUAUGCCUAGUUUUUACACACCUACUUGUUUGGAGAGUUUCUGUUUCUUUAUUUUAUUGAUGUGUGGCUCUCUGCAAAUGGUCUCUGGGGAUUUUUGUCAUUGCAUACAUAAUGCACAGUUCUGAUUCUCCACAUCUCCUGCAGCACUGAAUUUCUGCUUAGCACUGAACUAUUUUUACACAUCUGGUAUGCCUGGGUGAUCUCUCUUAUAGUACUAAUAUAUAUAUGAUAUAGGAACACAGAAUUUUGCAGGACAUUUUGUCUUUGGAAAGUAUUAAGAAAAUAUUUAAAUAUACAAAUCCUUUCGGUCAUGAUAAGAAUAAAAGAGUAAUAAUAUGAUGCUGCGUUAACAAUUUUUUGUGUUUAGAAUCAAUUAAGUGAAAUUCCCAACAAAUGAACUGUCUGACCUUUAAAACAAAAGGCAUUUGUGUGGUAGGUGUAGUGUUUUUUUUUCUGGCACUAUUCAGUCUCUAUUGUGCAUGCACAAACCUUUUGAAUUUUUAUAGACAAUGUCGAUCAUGAAAACGAUGCCUUAUGGUUGCUUGAAGACUGAGAUUGCUUAAGAGAUGUGUUUGAGUGUUAGGCAGCGUCUGUUAUGUAGUAUGUGAAUAUUGGUGGUUGUAGAGUGAAAAGUGAAAUAAAUAGAGGAAUUUGGAAAAUAAUUUGGAAGAGUGAAGAGAGGGAUGAAGUGUAAGCUGUUACCACAGCAACAUCAGAUGAAUGGAAGAACAGAUAUGUGAAGAAGAAGAGUGGAGGGCACCGGGGCAGGUAGUGUAGGACGGAGUGAUACAAAGUAACGACAAUAUAAGAAGAAGAAUAUUAAUGAAUGAAUAGAAUCCAAUUCAUGUUGAUUUUGGUUUUUGGACCAGCAUUGUUAUAGGAAAGAAAUUUUAGUUUGGUGCUUUUAUAGAUGGAAUAGCAGUAUAGUACAUAGUGUGACCUAUUUUUAGUAUUACACAAGAGUGGCAACUUCUCUGCAUGAUAGGAUUGUGUCUUAGUGUUUCAGUCCUUGUCUUUUUUUCCUCCUUUCAUAUUUUUCUCCAAUGCCCUCUGGCUUUGUUUUCCUAGUGAAGCUGCAUAUUCCUUUAAUGUUAAGCAUUAAUCAAUGCACAGACUAACAAUAUACACAGAGUGUCCACAAAGUCAGGAUCUGUCUCAGCUUGGCUGGUGUCCCAGUCUCAGCAGAGAGAGAGAGAGAGAGAGAGCUUGUGAGUGAGAGAGAGAGAGAGAGAGAGAGGGUGUGUGUGUGUGGUGUGUGUGUGUGUGUGUCUGUGACAGAGAGAGAGAGAGAGAGAGAGAGAAAGAGAGCUUAUGAGUGAGAGAGAGAGAGGGUGUGUGUGUCUGUGUGAGAGAGAGAGAGAGAGAGAGAGAGAGAAUGAAUAGAUACUUCUAAACAUCUGCUGUUCAGAUUUUACAUUAUGGGUGAUCAGUUUUAAUGCUGAUUCAUCUUUUGUUCCAUCCAAUCCCUUCUUUCGUAUUCUCUUUAUACAGUCAGUUAAAUCAUAGCCUGGCUUUAUAACCCACACUGACUGUUGGGUUGCAUGCUCUUCUCAUUUGUGUGUAUGUUUGCACAUUUUCUUGUCAUUGAUUUCACAGUAUUUUGUUUUGUUAUUUGUUUAUUUUUAAUUAAAACCUUUUUUUGCAUUUCAUAAAAAUACAUGUGUGUCAUCUGUGUUAUGUGAAAGCAUAAAAAAUGCAUGUUUUUGUGGUUUUGUGAGUCCAUUUUUCAGUAUCAUGAGGAGCAUCACACUGCACACAGCAGAUAAGUGGUCAUCGGUUUCUUGCCCUCUUUUUCUCACACAACUGAGUUACAUGUGAUGGCUGUGUUUGUUCAUUUUGUGCAUUUGUUGUUGUUUCCAUUCUGUUCAUUUAUCCAGUGUUUUCAUUAGAAUAGAUUCUUGAAUUGUGUUUUUAUCACAUCUUUCAUUCCUGACAGAGUAAGAUCAAUUUAAUUUAUUUGUAUUGUGUGUGUGUGUGUGUGUGUGUGUGCAUAUAUAAAUAAAUCAUAUUGAAUAACUUGACGUCACUGUGUGUAUGUGUCAAUAUUGUUGCUCCAGUGAAAUCAUGAACAUUGCUGAGUUUCAGUAAGAUCCUGGCUGUAAUGCUGAGGGUUUCUAUAAACAGUACACUCAUAGUACAUCAAAUAAUGGAUUAAUGGAUUAAUGGAUGUUCUGCCUGGAUUUGAAUAAAUAAUCUCUGUGUUCAGGGAGAGAAAUGAAGAAAAGAAAGACAAGCAGCAAGGUUUUGUGUCCUUCUGUUCUUUGUUUCUGAAUUGUAUUGUAAAAUCUGGUACAAAGUAAGGAAUUAUAGGAUCCCAUUGGAAAAUAAACUUCAGGGUGAUUCACGUCAGGGUUGAUUGUUUUCCAAUAUCCACACAAUCCAAAGUUUUUUAUCCUUCUUAUACCACAACAAUUAGGCAAAACCAUUUAGCACUUUUUGAUUUAUUAAUGAACAUCUCAUACUAUGUUCCAGCUCAUGUUUCCAACAAGGUUAUAACAGUCUCACCUCAGCAGCAGCUUUUUUCUUCUGAAUCAGAAUUGAGAAUUCAGCAGCUCUAUGGUUUAAAU